UUGUUCCGUACUUGGCGUAGUUCCGUUCCGUUUGUGCGAUAUGUCGUUUUCCUUCAAUCACCUCGCUCCGAACGGGCUACAUCCGAUGCAUCCGUUGCUGUCCGGCGGUGGUGGGUUUUUAACAGCCCAGCAGCUCGGAGCAUCCAAUGUGGCGGCGGCUGCCAAUGUGGCCCUGCUGGCUGGGAUCAAUAAUAAACCGCUCGAGUUUAAGGUGAAGCCGGGCCAAAAUGGAUCCGGGGCCGCCCCGAUGGAGCUGGAGUCGGUGGCGGAGCGGCACGAGGCGAAGGAAAGUUGCUCUGCCGCGGCCAGUGCCCUCGAGAAGGCCCGCGAGGAUAGCAUCAACAAAACGAUGCUCGAGGAGCUGCAGAAGCACCAGAGCCAGCUGCAGCAGCACGUGGCCGCCAACGGAGGUGAGUUGGUGUUCAAUCAACUGUUGCCGCAGCAACCGCACGGCUUUAUGAUGAUGCCGGGCGUGAUGAACAUGGUGGACGGCUCGUCGUUGAUCAGCAUGCAACCGUUCCCUAUAAUGGGCCCUGGGCCCGGUGCUUCCGAGCUGCCCGGACCCGGUGCCGGAUCGGCGGCACCACCAUCGGCGGCCACUAGCGGCGCGUCCGACAAGACGAGCGCCACGAAGGAAGUGAUCUACUGCAAGAGCUGCACACUGUUUCCGCCCAACCCGAACGCACCGUCACCGAAAACGAUCGAGCGUCCGCCCGGCUGCCGGACCGUGUUCGUCGGCGGUCUGCCGACCGGCAUGACCGAGGAGGUGAUGCGCGAGAUUUUCGAACGGUGCGGCGAAAUCACCACGCUGCGGCUGUCGAAGAAGAACUUUUGCCACAUUCGCUACGUGUACGAGGCGUCGGUCGACUCGGCCAUCUAUCUGUCCGGCUAUCGGGUGAAGAUUGGCAGUAACUUCACCUACCCGGCCGGCCCGGAGCCGAAAGAGCCGCCCAUCUUCGGUGUCCUGCACGUGGACUACGCGCAGGCCCGCGACGACCAGUACGAGUACGAGUGCCGGCAGCGGAAGCUGCAGCGCGAAAAGCGACACCGGGAACGGCUGGAAGACGACCGGUUCCGUUCGCUCUCGCCCCAACCGGUGGUGCACUACACCGAGCACGAGGCAACGUCGGUGGCGGAGCGGUUGAAAAACGACGAAACGUUCGCGAAAGCCGUCCAAACGCUGGUGGCGUGGCUCGAGCGGGGCGACUGCAGCAAAAAGAACGCCAACAACUUCUACUCGAUGAUCCAGAGCACGAACUCGCACGUGCGGCGGCUGCUGAACGAAAAGAGCACCUUCGACGAGGAACUGAAGCGGGCCCGGGAACAGUACCGGCGCCAGACGAAAGCGAUGCUCGCGCAAUUCAGUCAGAUUGAAAAAGUUUUCAAUGCGGCCAGUCACAAGAAGGUUUGGGAUCAUUUUACUAAAGCCCAAAGAAAAAACAUCGACGCGUGGAAGAAGCAGUCACUGGACAUAAAAUGCGUUCAACUGGACGAUUUCCCCGAUGAGGAUGGAAUGGAUAUGUCCGAUGACGACUACUCGGUAUCGUCUUUUCCGUACAAAAAGGCCCGCUGGGAACAACAUGACCAGAAGGAUCAUCAUUGCGAUUCCGAGCGGGCUACAGAUGGCCACUCCGAACCGGUCGCUGCUGACGGUGAGCUGAAGAUGAAGAUCCUACACAUCGAGGUAUUGCAGGAAACGAUCCGGAACCUUCAGACGCAGCUGCUGGAAAACAAAGCCAAAGAGACGGAGCGCCAGAAUCGCAUCUGCGAGCUGGAGGAUGAACUGAAAGAUGCCAACGUGAGGCAGCUGCUGUUGAAGACGAAAAUUGCCACCUCAAAGGUGGCCGCCUCCAGCAGUGGGCCAAGUGUCUCCUCGGGCAAGGAUUCCGACUGCGAGGAAACGGUGGCCUGCGCUCCAGUGGAAAGCACCGCACCACCGGUGGGAGCAGCACCUUCCGACGACGGAAAUGCAUCCCGACCAACGGGCACGGAAACGCUGGAAAGCUGCGGCCUGCUAGGUGGUGCCGUCAGCAAGCCUAGGGAAGCCAAAAUGAUUGCUCUCACAUCAAACUUUCUCGUCAUCCAUCCGCAAGGCGUUCCGUUCGAUCACGUUUGGUCGUACGUUGGACGCUACGUGUCAGAGGUGAAACCCAAGCAGUUGGAAGAAAUCUUAGCCCGGUACGGACAGCUGUUUGAACGCUCCGAGCCUCCAGCCGGUGCGGUGAGCGUGUUGCCGGUAAACCAGGGAAACGAUCACGGUACAAAUGCGUGGUAUAAAUUCAUCGGCCACGCAUCGGUCGAUUGAGUGCAUAAGUGCCACCGAUCGUGGCCGGAAAGCUUGUAAAGCUUUUUCCUUUUUUGAAUGCGAUUGUUUCGUGCGCGCCCAUUACGAAGGUGUAUCACAAUGAUACUGAUAAAAGAGGUACCGCGCUAGAAGUUUGACGAUAGCAUAUUAUCAGAUGAAAAAAACAAUAAGAUUGUCUCCACCUUGGAGCACUCGUCGGGUUGUACUUGAUGUCCGCAAAGCUCGAAUACUGAGCAGUGUGAUUAGGUCUUGCUUUAAAAGUGCAGCUGCGAAACUGUUAUUCAUUAUUUGGGAAGUUAUUUGUUUUGCUUGGCAACGCGGCCUGGCCGUCACUUACAAAGAAAUUGUCUGUUUUUCAUUGGUCGUUUGGAGCUAAAAAGCGCGCGUGUGAAGCAAUUUACCUGAUUGGCUUAGUUUUGCCCUGUUUGAUUUCUCCAAAAAUCUUGUCGUUUCUUGUCUCGAAUUAAUUAUCUUAGUGUCAUAGCCAUAUUAAGUAACACGAUAAACGCAGCUAACGAGUAGUAAACUAAAGGUUCACAUCUCAAUACUGUGAACAUAUUUUAGCAACUUUAUACUCUCCCAAUUCAAUACUCACCCAAAAGAGGAUCCAGUUAAAAAAAAAAUACUUUUAGUCCAACCAAUGAGCCAGUAAAAUCCCUUUGACUGUGUAGUGUGGGCCGUUACCAGCCACUUUUCUUUGCAUUGAAGUAUGCCGUACUUCUCAUAAUGUCUUCCUCGUUCGAGAACUUACCUUCAAGCGAAGCCGUACCGGUAUUGAACCGGUAAAGUGUGAUGUCGCUGCAGAAGGGGCGCAAAAAAUGCGCAGCUUACUUUAAGAUCGUACGAUAUAAACCGAAAAAGAAAAAACACAAUACCUUAAACAUUUCGAUGCCACUUUUAACCCGCAUCGUCAGAUGCAUUAGAGAAAACAUUUAACCAAUGCUCGGUUUCAAAUUGAAUUUAAUGUGUAAAAGCAAAGGAAAUCUUUCGCGAUUUCGCGAAAAGCUGGAAAGUCAAAGGAAAGAGAGCUCUUUUAUGAAGUACAUUUAGAAAUAGCUAGUUGAUGUGUUGCACCUAAUAGCUCAACCGUAACCAGUAGGGUGGUAAUCGUGCAUAAAAUAUUUAUAAUCGCCAUCAUCAUCGCCAUCAUUAUCGCCAUCAUAGUGACCACACAGUUGUAGAAGUUUUAUGAUGAAACAUUUCUUAUAUUCAUGUGGCACCGUUACAAAGGGAAUCUAAAAGGGUGGAGAAAUCCAAAUUUUGUUGUUUCUUUAGGUCGUACUCGUUGUUGUGUUUUGGUCGUCCCGAACGGAGAGUGUUUUGUUUUAAGAAUUCAAAUUUUCUAUGCUACAAAAAGUGUCACUAUUAUAGACAUCUGUCACAAAUUUAGAAUUUUGAAACUUGUUCUUCGAGCAUUGGGUUAGGCAAAAGCAAAAUACUCGUUUCGUUAAGACUAGACUCUUAACUAAUGCAACGUAACCGAUUUCUCCGUAACCGAUAACGAAAGCUGAUUCUUUCCGAUUUCCGAUAGUGAAAUCACCAUUUUGGACAUAGUUUUUAUCCACUUUAUUGUCAAUUAUGGUGUGCUAUACAACUAGGGACGAACCGCGAGCUGUUCGCUAGGGAGAGCUGUCUAACGAGUGAGAAAAUCAUAUGAUACAAAAGCAAAUCACAAUAAUAAUAUUGACGUUGAACUGAUUUAAAAGCGCCUGCGGAUGUUUUAUACAAUCUGUCUUGAUAAUGCAAUUUCAAUUACCACUUAAAAACCAAAUUAAAUGACCCAGCACAGUGAAACGUAACAAAUCGUGAGGAAACGGAGUGGAGCUGAAGGAAGCAGCCACAGUAGUAUUGAUAGGACGCGAGUGAAUGGUGCUCGUUUUAGUUUUACUUUAAAUCAAACCUCUAAACCAAAGCAAAUCAGCUGAAUCUAGAAUUUUUAUUACAACAGUGCAAUUACAAGAAACAACUGAGUUGCGAACAAUUGCAAUCGCAAAUAUCGAUUAUAUAGAGCAAAAAUCCUAGUCUAAAGCACCUUGCCGCGUACCUUUUCGCGUGAUAAUUUUUUGUUAUGUUUGUUAAUCUCUCAUGCGCAACAAUGGAGGUCGCUUACAAAGCGACCAAAGAACUUAUGUUGCCCGUCACUGUUUCACGCGCACAUCAAAGUAACCUUCGUUGGCCCCCCGCUGGUUUACUAAACUAAGACAAGUAGAGUUUGUGUUCUUGGUGCAGUUGUUUUUGUGCAGAAAAUAAAAUUAAAAAACA